CAUACGGCUGAGUCGCUGAUAAGAUUACGGACCUGUAACCGCGUAAUCAGCAGACAAAUCCGGAAUACAGAAGCCUCGAGGAAACAAAGUAACCUAUUUUGCCGUUCAAAACUCGCCAGACUCUCUCUCUCUCUCUCUCUCUCUCUCUGUGAUGCGCCCGAGCAUCGAGUCACAUGGCGGCGUCUUCAAUAGCACGAUCCCCUGUAAACCCUAUUACCCGCCACGUCAUUUGCAGACCCUCGCCGUCCGAUCACCUUUCGAAAACGAGCGUCACGAUUCACGGGCAUUAUCCAAAACGCUGUCGUCAUGUCCCCCUUGUGGCUUCUCUUCACGGGGACACCACCAGAAACAACGACAGGAACGCCCAGGCCCUCGAGUUGCGGAGGGUCCUAGAUGACUUCCCGUACGACGUCAUCCCCAAUGACCCGACUAUGCUUCCAACGCCUUUAUCUUCAACGCAAUUAUCUAAUUCGGUAUCCGAUGGGUCCCGUAUUCGGGUUGCUUAUCAGGGAGUUCCCGGCGCGUACAGCGAAUCCGCUGCUGAGAAAGCGUACCCCAAUUGCGAAGCGGUGCCCUGCGAACAAUUCGACACUGCUUUUGAGGCUGUUGAAAGGUGGCUUGUGGACAGAGCAGUUUUACCAAUCGAAAAUUCUUUAGGUGGGAGCAUUCACAGAAAUUAUGACCUUUUACUGCGGCACAGGUUGCAUAUAGUAGGUGAAGUUAAAUUUGCUGUUCGCCAUUGCUUAUUGGCUAAUCAUGGUGUUGAAGUUGAAGACCUGAAAAGGGUUCUUAGUCAUCCCCAGGCUCUUUCUCAGUGUGAGGACACAUUAACAAAGUUGGGAUUGGUCAAGGAAGCAGUUGACGACACUGCUGGAGCUGCAAAGCAUAUUGCAUCAUACAAACUAAAAGAUGCAGGAGCUGUGGCUAGUGCUACCGCUGCGAUGAUAUAUGGGUUGAAUAUACUUGCUCAAGAUAUUCAGGAUGAUUCUGAUAAUGUUACUCGAUUUCUAAUGCUAGCAAGGGAACCCAUAAUUCCAGGCAUUGAUAGGCCAUUUAAGACAAGCAUCGUUUUCUCACUAGAGGAGGGUCCUGGAGUUCUUUUCAAGGCACUUGCUGUUUUUGCUUUGCGUCAAAUCAACCUUACUAAGAUUGAAAGUCGUCCCCUGCGGAAGCAGCUGUUGGGAGCAUCAGAUGAUAGCAACAAUGGGUAUCCAAAAUAUUUUGACUAUCUUUUCUAUGUGGACUUUGAAGCAUCAAUGGCUGAUGAGAAAGCACAGAAUGCCCUAAGGCAUCUAAAGGAGUUUGCUACCUACUUGCGAGUGCUAGGAAGUUAUCCUGUGGAUACUAGUAUGAUAUAAAUGACCUUUAAAUGUGUCUGCUCUUGCCAAUGCUUAUGCAGGGCCCCUGGAGAGGUAUAUGGUUUUAUACAAACGUGGUUUUCCUUCGCAGCUUUUGUUUGUCUCUGCCCUCAAAUUUCAGGAAAUUGAUUAAAUUUCUUCUCAGAAGAGCCCACAUCUUUUUCAUCGACGAAGUGGAUCACUGCCACUACAGAACUUGGUUCUUACCCAAUUUUGUAGUUUCUUCUCGAUAUAACCAUGUAAUUACCAGUUUCAGUUGAGGUAUUUUUAAUAAUUCUAUUGUAUCCAUGUUGUUUAAAUCAAAUAUAUUUCUAUUCAUUCA